GUAAUUUCAUGAUUAUUUUAGGAUAAUCCUGCUGAUUUUUCAUAUUUCUUUGAUACUUCAAGACGAAGAACAUGCUAUGUAGCUCCUGAAAGAUUUAUUAAAACCAUGAGUUCAUCCAAUGUCUUUUCAAGUGCAGUAACUGUUUCUUCUUCAACCAGCAGUUCAAUUGCUCCAGCCUCACCAUCUUUAAUAAUUCAUGCUGAUGAAAUUAAAACUGGUGACCUCACAGCUGCCAUGGACAUAUUUUCUCUAGGGUGUGCUCUGACGGAACUGUUUACAGAAGGUUCUGCUCCAUUUGAUUUCUCGCAGUUAUUAAGGUACAGAAUAGGAGAUUUUGAUCCUAGUAAAACAUUAGAAAAAAUUGAGGAUUCAAGUAUUAAGAAACUUGUCGAGAGCAUGAUGCAAAAAGAACCUACAGCUCGGUUAAGUGCAAGUGAAUAUCUGGAACUGCAGCGGGACAAGGCUUUUCCUGAGUAUUUUUAUAGCUUUUUAAACAACUAUAUGAAAGAUUUUGCUUCUAUUCCAAGAUCCCCAGAUGAGAAAAUUUACAGACUAAAAAAGGAUAUUAACAACAUAAUUGAAGUCAUCAUUUCCUAUGAGAAGCAUAUCAGUGUUAAUGAAUCAAGUAAUAACAAGGAAAAUGUUACAAGUGAAGGGCUGGUCCUAAUUGUGUCACUAUUAACAUCAUUGCUUCGAGCACUUAAACAUUGUUCAGCCAAAUUGAAUGCUCUGGAGGUAUUAAGGACAAUGGCUAAUUAUUUAAGCCCUGAUAUUAUUUUAGACAGAUUGCUCCCAUAUCUGAUAUUUUUAGCAAAAGAUAAAUAUCCCAAAGUGCGUGUUGCUGUAAUUCAGACACUUACAGAAUGUUUGACUUUGAUAAAAAGCAUACCUAAGAGUGACAGCAAUAUAUUUCCAGAAUACAUUCUUCCAAAUUUGUCACAUAUUCCACAUGAUGAGGCUGUAAUUGUACGCAUGGCAUACGCUGAAAAUAUUGCUGUUUUAGCCGAAACUGCAUUAAGGUUUCUAGAAAUGACACAGUCAGAUAUGGAGCCCAAUCUAGACAGUUCAUUCUUAUCAGAUGAUGAAAGGAAUAACCAUAGUAAAGCUUCAUUUGAUCAUGAACUGCAAGCUCUACAAGAGCUUGUGCAACAAAGUGUCACUUUACUUCUCAGUGAUCCUGUAAAUGCAGUGAAGCAGACAUUGUUGGAAAGAGGCAUUCAUCAACUUUGUGUAUUUUUUGGUCGUCAAAAAGGCAAUGAUGUUUUGCUGUCUCAUAUGAUUACAUAUUUGAAUGAUAAAGAGGACAAGCAUUUACGAGGAGCAUUUUUUGAUGCAAUAGUUGGAGUUGCUGCAUGUGUUGGAUGGCAGUGUUGCCCUAUCUUAAAACCGCUUUUACAGCAGGGUCUUGCAGAUUCUGAAGAGUUUGUGAUAAGUAAAGCUCUGUGUGCAUUGUCUGACCUAAUUCAGUUAGGUAUACUGCAGAAACAGAUGCUGUAUGAUAUUGUAGCUGAAGCAAUACCCUUAUUAAUUCAUCCAAAUUUAUGGAUUAAACAAGCUGCUGUUGGACUUGUAUGUAUUGUUGCCAAAACUUUAAAUUUGGCAGAUGUGCAAUGUAGAUUGAUUCCUCUUUUGCAACCUUUUUUGAAGCGUCAAGUUAUUCAAGUUGAUCAAGAGUUAGUCCUUUUGAAUGCUGUUCAAGAUCCUUUACCCCGAUGCCUUCUUGAUUACUUAAUCAAGUUACCAUCUCUGCGCAACUUCCUUGAAAGUUUGUCUGACAGAAAUAUAUCUAGGUCUGUGACAAGACCUGGACUUCAGCCUAUAUAUAGAGAAAUGGAUUCACAACUUACUACGAUUUAUUUUCGCUUACAGUCUGAUGGAAUGACAGAAGUAAUUGAAGACCAGAUAUUGGCAAUGAAGGAACAUUUAAUGAAAGUGCAUCUGAAAAAAGCAAGUAUUGGGGAUGUGUAUAAUUCUUCAGUGGAGAAAAAUGAUGGAGAAAUUGAUUUAGCCUCUCUUCCAAAUCCACCUCAAGCUCAUUCUGUGCCACUAACAGUUAUUGAUCAUCAGUUUGAUAAAACUGUUAGAAAUGUCCAAAGUAAGAAGUCAUCAAAAAAGAAAUCAGCUGUUGAAUCACCAACAGUAAACAUGAAUGAGGAAUGGCAGCAUAUGUUUGGCUCAAGUGAUCUUAAAAGUCCUCCAUCUCCAAGACUUCAACAUCAGAACUCUGACCCAUCUUUGUCAUCAUAUUCUAAGAUAUCUGCCAGUGGAAAAGUCUUAGAUGAUAAUUUAGAAUUCAAAACAACUGUUGAUGGUAAAAAUAGUGUGCCCAUUGCAAUUUUAGAGGACCGUCAUAAACCUAAUCAUUGUGCACCUUGUCAUGAAGAGCUUCAGGCAUUAAUUUUAAAGAAACAGGAAGAGUGGAUUAACGAUGAAAUUGUCAGAGAGGCCAGUGAUUUAGGUUGUAAGGAAGAAAAGCCACAGUCUGGUAAAAAGGGUUCCAAAAUGCCAUCAGGAUAUUUGGUCGCCCAUUUGCAUGAGCACAAGAAAGCUGUGGUCAAGAUCCAAGUAAUGCCAAAUACCCCUUUAUUUGCUACAUGUUCCAUUGAUGGUACUGUUAAAAUAUGGGACUGUGAAAAAUUAGAAGGAAAGAGUUUUGCCAUUCGUUCAAGAGUUACGUAUGGAAGAUUAGAGGGCCCUCUAUCAUGCAUGACAUUUUGCGAGAAUAUGCAGUCCAUUGCUGCAGCUUCUGACAGUGGAUGGAUUCAUGUAUUUAGAUUAUCAUAUGAAAAUUCUAAAUUAUCAGUUUUGUAUCAGAGGCAUCUUGAUUAUGUUGAAGAAGGAUGUGCAGUGGACAUAGAUUUUUUUGAUACAGGAAGCCAGUCUGUUUUAGCAUAUGCUACUGUAACAGGAUCGAUUGUUGGAUGGGAUUUACGGUCACCAGGCACAGCCUGGAAACUUGAAAACAAUCCAAGACAAGGUCUUGUUACUUCAUUUUGCACUGAUCCUCACCACUGUUGGAUAGUUGUUGGUACAGCUAGCGGAAACAUGAUUUGCUGGGAUUUGCGAUUUCAGCUCCCCAUCACUUCAAUUACUCAUCCAACAGGUUCUCGUAUCCGUCAUUUGUUGGUUCAUCCAAAGAAAAAGUCUGCAAUAUUUGCUGCAGUUCAAGGCAACAAUGAAGUAUCUUUGUGGGAUUUAGAAACACAGGGAAGAUUAACUACUUUGUGGUCAAUCAAUAAUGCUCCACCACUUUCUCAAACAGAGGCAUCAGAUGAUUCUGUGUAUUCUAUGUGUUGGUCUGCAACUGAUCACGGAUCUACACUUUUGACUGCUGGUUCAGAUAGAAGGAUUCGUUAUUGGGACUUAAAGAAUCCUGCUGCAUCACACAUUGUUGUUGGAGCAGCUAAUGAUCCUCUAGCCCCAUUCUCUAAUAUCAAUUACACAUCUAGAAUAAUUGAUGGGACACAAGUUAUAUGUGAAAAUUUUACAAGACAAAAAGAUGAAAAAGCUAUGUCUUCAGAAGACCAGCCUCGACGCUAUCCCGAGACACCACCAGCUGGCCAUCAUGAUUGCAUAAGUUCUAUUGCUUCCAUGUAUACAUCUCAACCACUAAUUUUGUCUGCUUCCAAAGAUGGAGUUGUUAAAAUUUGGAAAUGAUAUAAAUAAGAAAUGGCUAAGUAUGCAUAUCACUAUGUAUGUGUACAUUUAUGAACUUUAAUUAAAUUUUUUCUAAUUCCAUUUUCAUUCUAGCUCUAUAAGUGUAUGUAUAAAUUUAUUUAUUGUAAUUAUAUUUCAAAUUGGUGAAUGCAAAAUAUUUGUAUAAAAUGUAUAAUAAAAGACAUGUUUAAUUUGUU